AUGCAGCAUAUUGAUGCUUGGAUUAAUGUGCUGAGGAAGAGGUACGACGCUAACCCACAACAUUUCAGGAGCGAGAGAAUGUGCUUCUUUGCUCAGCAAUGGAGAUUCAACUUCAAAGAUUUUAAGGACUCGAAGCCCGAUCACAACGGUUUAGGAAGAAGACUCCCUGGUGGGGCGUGGAAUUAUUAUGCAGGCACUAUACCAUCAUUUUGCCAAUCGAACAAGGUUUGGGGGACGGAUAUUGAUGAUAUCUAUGCGCCAGUAAACUUCGCCGACAGUCAUUGGAUUGCUAUGUGGAUAUCGAUCCCUAAGAGGCACAUAGUCGUCUUUGACAACAUUUGUUCCAGUAUCUCCCCAGAAGAACUCGAUGUGGUAAUGGAGCCUUUUCUCUACAUGGUCCCUUAUCUGCUUGUUGAGUGCGCUUCCUCAGACGAACUACGUGCCCAAUACAGCCUGGAGCCAUUCACAUAUGAGAGACCGACCAAUAUACCUCCGGCCCGAGCUGGUGAUUGUGGCGUGUACACUCUAAAGUACAUUGAAUGUCAUGCUCUUGGGAUAGAGUUUAGUAAAAAAGACUUUGCUAAGCCCAACGGGAAGAGUAUGAGGGAUAAGAUGGUGGUGGAUAUAUUUCAAGAGCUUCCUGACGCGCAUGAGUUCGAAAACAAGGACAUGGAUGACAUCCUGGGUACGUAUGACGGGUGA